CUUCUCCUUCUUCCUCACCUUCUUGUCUUUGAUGCCACUCUCAAAAAGCAAAACAUUAUUCUGAAGAUCAGAUCCAAGGUGGUUAAUCUGUCACUCAAUCCCCACAAAACAUACAUACGCCCUCAAUAUAUACAUACCUCGAUCGAUCAGUCAUUCCAUCAAUCAAUCAAAUCAAAUCAAAUCCAAUCCAAUCCUAUCAAAUCAGUCCCCAGGAAGAUCAUCAUCAUCAUCAUCAUCAUCAUCAUCAUACCAACGAAAAGAAAAAAAAGGAUAACAGUAGUUACAUCGAAUCAGCUUAUAAGAAGCAAACAGCCAUGUCCUCUUCAUCUGCCUUUGCACCGGACCACCACCACCACCACCACCACCUCUCCCCACCCUCCGAGCAGCUUUGUUAUGUCCAUUGCAACUUCUGCGACACCGUCCUCGCGGUGAGCGUUCCCUGCACGAGCCUGUUCAAGACGGUGACUGUGCGAUGCGGCCAUUGCACCAACCUCCUUUCUGUGAACAUGCGUGGAUUGCUCCUCCCUGCAGCCAAUCAGCUCCAUCUUGGCCACUCAUUCUUCUCCCCACAGAAUCUUCUGGAAGAGAUAAGGAACUCACCUUCUAACUUGCUGAUCAAUCAGCCAAAUCCAAACGAGACCCUGAUGCCUGUUCGUGGGAUCGACGAGCUUCCUAAGCCUCCAGUGGCUAACAGACCCCCGGAGAAACGACAGAGAGUCCCCUCUGCUUACAAUCGCUUCAUCAAGGAUGAAAUCCAACGUAUCAAAGCUGGAAACCCUGAUAUUACUCACAGGGAGGCCUUCAGUGCUGCUGCAAAAAAUUGGGCCCACUUUCCUCACAUUCAUUUCGGACUCAUGCCUGAUCAACCCGUGAAGAAAGCCAAUGUGUGCCAACAGGAAGGAGAAGAUAAUAAUCAUGUUCUGAUGAAAGAUGGGUUUCUUGCUCCUGCCAACGUUGGUGUCUCUCCCUACUAAGAAAAAGCUAAGGUCGACGGCGUUCCUUGUUGUUUCGUCGAAUGCUCGAUUGAUCCUUGUCAUCGUAUUCGUCGUUGUUGUCGUCAAUUUGUUAUGUCCCUUUACUUAAUUAGUUUCUGUCAUUAGGGUUCUUAAAACUGCUGCUACUCUGCUGUGCUUGAAGAACACUGCUUAAGGGUUUCCCUCCUCCUCA